CUCCGAUCAAAGAUGGCGUCGCGCGCAAACUAAACCCACGUACAACACAAGAAUAACCAGACUGACCAAUCCCACCCGAACAACCAGGACGGAUCAUGGCAUUCGAGGAGAUAAAGAAGAAAGGAAUGAUGGAGAUGGCCGAGAUGGAUGGAGAGGUUGGGCUUGUUGCGGGUCGCAGCCAGAGAGAAAAGAGACGCUCGUAUAAAGAUCUGUUGAGAGAGGAAGAAGAAAUAGCAGCGCAGGUGCGCCAAACCUCCAAGAAACAACACAAGGACUCUGACCUUUUCUUGUUAGGGGGAGAUUCUCACAAGAAAAAAAAGAAGCACUUGAGUGAUGACUACUACCACAGAGAUCUUCAAAGCUCUGGUCAGCCACCACACAAGAAAAAGUGCAAAUCCUCAGAUCGCUCACCCUCCUUGUCCUCCUCAUCCUCCUCUCACCCAUCCCACUCCACUAACACGGCCAUGGGCCUCCUGGAGGCCAUCACCUCCCCGCUGGCCACGGGCUCCGACCCCGGCCCUCACCUCCUUAAAAAACCCUCCUACCCUCUCCACUCCUCCUCCAAAGACCGCAAGCAGGAGGGCGGCUCCAAGAGCAACCACUCCUCCCACUCGCGCUCGCCCGGUCCUUCUUCAUCUAAGAAGCAUUCCUCUUCCUCAAAGUCAUUGCUGUUCCACGGAGGAGCAGGGAAAGGGGAACCACUGACGCUCCGUGAAGCUGAAGGACUGAAGAUGAAGCUCAUUCUGUCUUCAAAGGAGAAGAACGAAGGUGUCGGGACAAAUGAGGGAUUCUCGUUUCCAAUCCAUUCUUCUUCCUCUUCCUCGGGUGCCGUGGGGCAUCAUUCAUCGUCCAACUCGAAGAAAGGAGGGAUGAAGAAGGAGAAAGAUCCAAUGAUGUCUAAGCCUCCAAAGAAAAAGCAGCUCAGCCAAGAGCCGUUGCCUGUAGUUGGGAAGGAAGUGGAGGUCGUGGGUCAUUACGGUAGCACUUUUGGAGGUAUGGGAGGAGACAGCUCAUCGACAGGAGGAGAACUAGAGGCCGGAGAGCUGGUGAUUGACGACUCCUACACACAUCUCUCAAAAAAGAAGAAAAAGAGCAAGAAGAGUAAAAAGAAAAAAGAUAAAGACAGAGAGAGAGAACGAGAGAAAGGAUCAAGAGAGAAGAAACACAGUAAAAGUGGAAGCAGUGGGAAGAAAAGCUGUCCAGGGGAUCCGUCUAGAAGCCACUCCCAUUCUCACAGCUCAUCCAAUCACAGUGCUUCUGGUGGGAUGUAUGCUAUGACUCCACCCACCUCUUCCCAUCACCAUCAAAACAUUGAACUGAUGAGUGAAAAGAAGAAAGAAGAAAAGGAUAGAGAGAAACAUGACAAGGACAAGCCGAAGAAGAAGAACAUGACAGCAUAUCAUGUGUUUUGUAAAGAGUACAGGGUGAAUAUCAACGCAGAGCAGCCAGGAUUAGACUUUGGGGAGCUGAGUAAGAGACUUGGAGAGAUGUGGAAACAGCUGCCUGAAAAAGAUAAACUGGUUUGGAGACAGAAAGCUCAAUAUCUCCUGCACAAACAAAAUAAAGCUGAAGCUAUGACAGUCAAACGAAAGCCCUCAACGACAUCAGAGAGCAAAAGCAAAGGUUCCAGUAAAGCUGCUGGUUUAGGGGCCGGAUUGACUCCUCAGGGUCGCUCGGCUCUGUCUAUGUCGUUGUCUCCGGUGCGGGUACCUGACAUUGACCCCAUUGAUGCAGCUGCUCACUUGCAGCUACUCGGCGAGUCCCUGUCUCUGAUUGGACAUCGACUUCAGGAGACAGAGGGGAUGGUUGCAGUAUCUGGCAGUCUAUCUGUUCUCUUAGACUCUAUUUUAUGUGCUCUUGGUCCAUUAACCUGUUUGACAGCUCAAGUCCCUCAAAUCAACGGCUGUCCACGCAACGUCCUGUCAAAUACUUUGGACAACAUCGCUUAUAUAAUGCCUGGACUAUGAAUCACUUUUACUUGCACUUACAAGAGACUGGAUUACAUAUGGAUUACAUAUGGAUUACAUAUGGAUUACAUAUUUGCAGAGGCAUUCAAAUGAGAACCUCCUUUUUUUACUUUUUCAUGUGUUGUAAAAAACAAUGGACAUUCUUAGUAUGUAAAAUGUUUUUAAGAAAUAGUAUUUAAAUGAUUUUGUCAUUUUUUUUUAUUGUUAUAAAAAAAAUCCCUCUUUUAAGAGAACAAUUCUGACACAACUUUUGUGUUGAUGGUCUCAAAGUUUCAGUGUUCCAGCCUGUCAUGAGAAGUGUGUGUGAGUGUAUGUAAAUAUUGGUGAAUUUAUGCUGUCAUAAUGUCAAGAGGAUUUUAUGUUUUUUUAAAUAUGUGCAGUUUUAUUUUAGUGCCAAUUGUUUUUUAUUCCCCCAUAAUUUAAUAUUGAGUUAAUUUAUACCAACAGCAGUUCAUCUGCGCUAUCAUAAUUUCAGUUUUUUGUUAUGAAAAUGUAAUAUGAUAGUUUUACUGUUUUAGCAUGCUUACAGAAAAAGGAUGUAUAACAUCAUUUAAUAGGUGCACUAAGUAAUAAAAAAAAUGAUAAUUUUGUUCAAAUGUGUAAAAUGUUACACAUUCACAUGAGAUGAGACUCAGUGAUUCUCCCCACAUGAUGGCUGUCAUAUUGAGAUACUCGUCACUUUAUCGUAGUAACCCCCCUAUUAUCGAACACUUUUGGGGAAUAGGGUACUUCUACAAUAGCAAUGAUAACGUUUUUCAUGGUGCGUUAUCUACGCAAAUGUGUAAGUAUAAGUCGGAUCAGCCAGUAAAACAUAAAAAAAUUACUUAGUGCACAAAAGUAUGACUGUUUUACUCAAGUAGUUUUAGGAAAUAAAAUGUUUUAUAAUAUAUUUGCAUUGUUACAUGUGUGUAUCGCAUUGCCUUUUUUGGGGGGAAAAUCCUUUUUUAAUUCUUUUCAUUAAAUCACAAAUAUC